CUUGGAUCAUAUCACCAUGGGAGCUAUUUGGGCAGCAAGAGACUUUUGUUUGUUUUUGCUCUUGUUAAAUAGUCGCCAAAGCGCAGCUCUUCCAGAUAUUCGAGCAGAUCCAUGUGCAGAGGGGAGUGAUGGCUGUCACAUUGAUGCUAUUUGUCAGACUACCCAAGGCUCAUACAAGUGCACCUGUAAAGCAGGUUUUAAAGGAGAUGGAAAACACUGCGGAGACAUUGAUGAAUGUGACUUGGAGUACAAUGGUGGCUGUGUACAUGAGUGCAACAAUAUACCAGGCAAUUAUCGCUGCACUUGUUAUGACGGAUUCAACUUGGCACAUGACGGACAUAACUGUCUAGAUGUGGAUGAAUGCAAGUUCAACAAUGGCGGAUGCCAACACACUUGUGUUAACACCAUGGGCAGCUACGAGUGCCGCUGCAAAGAGGGCUUCUUCCUCAGCGACAACCAGCACACAUGCAUCCACCGCUCUGUUGAGGGCCUCAACUGUAUGAAUAAGGAGCACGGCUGCGCCCACAUCUGCAAAGAGACACCCAAAGGGGGUGUGGCCUGUGAGUGUCGUCCAGGGUUCGAGCUGGCCAGGAACCAGAGAGGCUGCAUCUUGACUUGUAACCAUGGCAACGGAGGGUGCCAGCACACCUGCGAGGACGCAGAGAGCGGCCCCAUAUGCAGGUGUCACGUCAGGUACACCCUGCAGCCUGACAAGAGGUCGUGUGUAGAACGAGAUGAAGCCACCACCGAGGCCGCAGACCACAACGCCACUUCCUUUACCGAGGUGGACAAACGGGUCAAACGAAGGCUGUUAAUGGAAACCUGUGCAUUGAACAAUGGGGGGUGCGACUGCACCUGUAAAGACACAUCCACAGGCGUGCGCUGCAGCUGCCCAGUCGGCUUCACACUGCAGCCGGAUGGAAAAACAUGCAAAGAUAUUGACGAGUGUGAGCUUCACAACGGCGGCUGCGAACACUUCUGCAGGAACACCAUCGGAAGCUUUGAGUGCAACUGCAGAAAAGGUUUCAAGCUGCUGACAGAUGAGCGUUCUUGUCAAGAUAUAGAUGAAUGUUUUUUUGAGCGGACAUGUGAUCACACGUGUGUGAACUCCCCUGGUGGUUUUCAAUGUCUGUGCCACAAAGGCUACACAAUGUAUGGGCUGGCCCACUGCGGAGAUAUAAACGAAUGCAGUGUGAACAAUGGUGGUUGUGAGCAGGGUUGUGAGAACACCAUGGGUGGAUUUGAAUGCUUCUGCCAUCCUUGCUACAAGCUACACUGGAACAAAAAAGACUGCAUUGAGAGCUGUGACCUGAACUGUGUGCGCCGACGCUCAGAGAAGAGGCUCAGGAAGACCAUCAGGACCCUGAGGAAGUCCAUCAACCGGGAACAGUUCCACUUGCACUUUGCCGGGUCUGACUACGAGCACGCCAAGAGCCUGGUCAAGCCGGCAGAACUGCCAGGACACUGUGCGGCGGGACAGGUGCUCGUGGGCAGGAAGUGUGUGAGCUGCAGUGUUGGGACUUACUACGACGGGGAUCAGGGAAGGUGUGUGUUGUGUCCAUCUGGAACGUAUCAGGAUGAGGAGGCACAGAUGUCUUGUGAAGUCUGUCCUGGACCUGAAGGAAGAGACGUCUCCAAGGUGGUCGGAGCUCGAAACAUGUCAGAGUGUGGAGGUCAGUGUUCCCCAGGUCAGUACUCUCAUGACGGCAUCAUCCCCUGUGUGCCCUGUCCACUGGGAGCCUACCAGCCAGAAGUGGGACGCACCACCUGCUUCCCAUGUGGAGGGAACCUGGUCACCAAGCGCAGUGGAGCUGUUAACUUUCAGGAGUGUGAGACUAAAGUCCAGUGCUCUCCAGGACAUUACUAUAACACCAGCACACACCGCUGCAUCCGCUGCCACAUCGGCACGUAUCAAGGAGAGUUUGGGCAGAACUACUGCGUCUCCUGCCCUGGAAAUACCACCACCGACUUUGAUGGCUCCACCAACUUCAUGCAAUGCAAAACUCUCUCCAACUCGGUGACAACCUACGAGACUUGUCAGACAUACGAACGUCCCAUCGCUUUCACCUCCCGCUCCAAGAGGCUCUGGAUACAGUUCAGGUCCAACGAGGGAAACAGUGGGAAAGGCUUCCAGGUCCCAUAUGUGACAUAUGAUGAGGACUACCAAGAAUUGAUAGAAGACAUAGUCAGAGAUGGAAGAUUAUACGCUUCAGAGAAUCACCAAGAAAUUCUGAAGGACAAGAAACUCAUGAGGGCGUUGUUUGAUGUUCUGGCUCACCCACAGAACUUCUUCAACUACACAGCUCAAGAGUCGAGAGAAAUGUUCCCCAAAUCAUUCAUCCGCUUCCUGCGCUCCAAAGUCCUGAGAUUCCUUCGCCCUUAGAAUGGGCGGUUACUGGAUAUGUCUUGAAAACCCUGGAUUAGAUAUUGUCCACGGUAUCUGUUUUAUCCACUGACGCCUUUUAAGAAUAUUCUGUAGUUAUCUGUUUUCACAUGGAGUGACACUAGAGCGGACGACACACUUGAUAAAACUGAUCCUGAAGAGAAAGUGGACAAGUGGAGUUUAAAGAGGGAGAAAGGAUGAUAAAGUAUGACACAGUGUAAACCCACAUGGCCAUCUUCAGAUGGUGAUCUGGAUUACUUUGUUUGGAAAUUUGGAAACAUCUUUUGAUAGGCAAGAGAAUAAUUGUAAUGACUUUAGAUUUUAAAGUCACCAUCUCAGGAUCCAAUUAUGUACAUGCCAACAUGGUGAGACAUUGGCUGAUAGAAUCAUUAUUAAAAUGUUUUUUAAAAUGCUGUCGCUAAACAGAUAUACUGUACUGGAUGUCAGUGAUGCUGUGUAUAUAUAUAGUGUGUAUCUAGUUUUAACAUAGGCUAUUUUCACAGGUAGAGCUUAAUUGAAAGAAAUACUGCUAAAUGUCAGAAACAAAUAUAGCACACAUGUUUUCUCGGGAACAUUAGCACUACUAAAGAAGUAGUGGCACCACAAAAGCAAUUAUUCUGAUGAAUGUUUUGUAUAUGAUGUAAAUAGUUUUAGGUGAACCGUGAAUGUAUUG